UCAUUCAUAAUGGUCUUAAAAGCAUCUUAAAUUUGACUGGAUGAAACCUGCAGAACCCCUUCGAUAUCUGCAUUUUAGGAAAAACAAAUGUGGAAGUCAAACGUUGCUGGUUUCCAUCUUUAAAAUAUCUUCAUUUGUGUUUAACAGAAGAAAGAAACUCAGAAAGGUUUUGAACAAGUGAAAGGCAAGUAAAAGAUGACAUUAUUCUCAGUUUUGGCUGAACUAUCCAUUUAAUGGCAAACAGAAUUUUCCACAGAUGAUUCUCAAGCACAACACAACCAACAAAAGCAUCCAAAGCGGCUCUUCAUUCCUGCUUGCACAUACCCAAGCGCUGGAUCAAUAUCCAUUACCAGCACUAGUGCUGCAGACAAGCCAUUCAUUUCCACUGCAAAGCACCACGAUAUUCCCCCUGGGAAGCGGUUUCACCACCCUGCCUGCUACAAGCAAAGAUGAUUACACCAGAUUCAUGCUAGGAGUGUCUGUUAGUGCCUCAGAUUACCUCUGCUUGUUCUCGAAGCGUGAUAUCAGCGAUGCUAAGCACAUGUAGUUAAAGAUAUAAUUGAAUUCACGCAACAUAACAAACCCAGUAAUUUCAUUUGGUGUUUGUGUCUUCAUGACGUGAAGCAGAUCGUUGUGUUCUUGCCAUGCCAGACUUGGAGCAGUUAUCUCUUCACGUCUUCAUAAUGGUCUGUGAUUAAUGUUCCACUCCGGUUACGCAUGAGUGCGAGGUGUUUUCAGGAUUCGGAUGGGAGUUUGGAGGGAAGAGGGUGGGGAGCAUUUCUUCUGUGGGAAUGGGGAAUAUGGGAAUGCCUUAGCUGGACUGUUUCGGGCGGAGGGGUGCAUUCAGACAAAGCCAACAAAAACAAACGUCCGCGGCUCUGGGAAGGCAGGGUCUGGUCUGAAUCCUCGGUGGUUAUUUACAGAUGUUUACGACUUUGCUAGGGAAAGGAGCCCUGUCGGAACAUGUGGGCUUGGUUGAGAUGACCUUUUUAGCGGUGUCGGGUUACACUGAAUGGCGUCACAUCUUUGAUCAUGGAUCAAGGGCCAGGAAUGGUACCUCAUCUUCAGGAGCCUCCGUCAGCAGUGCCACGGCAGCCCCAGGGCAGCAACUACAACAUGAUGCUGAAGAAUCAACUAAUAAACAAACAGCUUCAACAGCAACAAGAAAAGCAAAGGCAACUGGAGCAAAUGAAUGGAGGGCAUAUCACAGACUGCCAACAGGUGGCACCAUUUCAAGGUCCAGGUCGACCGCUUCCUCCAGAGUGUUACCCUAUGGGGGCUCCUCAACAGCCAAAUUCUGCCAUGCUUUCCCAUAGCGGCCCUUUACCCACAAACCGAAUGGGUUUGUCCUCCGGCUCGGUGUCCCAGAUGGGCCCAUCAGUAGGAGUGUACAUGUGCAGCAAAGGCUCAAAACAGCCCCUCUGCCACCCGUCACAAGACUUUGGGAUGACGAUGCAGCCGGGCCAGGGCAUGAUGGGAAUGGGUGGCCCUCCACGUCAGCCACUACACCCAGCUCAUGCAGUAACCCGACCAGGAAUGCCGUGUCCAACCCUUGCAGGUGGUCCUGUGCCGACCCACCACUUACGUCAGGCACUGCACCAAGGUGGAGCUCUUCCGUCACGUAUGAUGUUCCCUUCACAGCAGCAGUCAGCAUCACAGUCUCAGCUCUGGCAGCACCAACAAGGAGUGCAAGCACAUAUGGACCCUGCGACUCACCAACACCCCUUCCCCGCAGGAGGAGCUCCACCGGGAUGUGGCGGUCCUCAGUUUCCACAGAGGUCUGGAAUGGCAGGUUUGCCAGCCAACUUCCCUGGCUCCCGUCCUCCUCCUAAUCAGGUAGUCCCUGGUUUGGUUGGUCGACCGGAGCAGAAGAUGCCCACCGCCCAGCCUCUAUCCUCCAUGUCCCAACAGAGUCUCAGAAUGAGAGGUCCGCUCUCCUCUCUUGCCAUCAUGAAGCCAGGAGGUCCAUCCAUGAUGCACCCAGCUCAUGGCAUGGCCCCUCCCAGCUAUCAGACUGCUUCUGCUGGGAAGCACUGUUUACCGCAGGGCUACAACCCCGGACACAAGCUGCCCUCCUAUGACUACACACCACAGCAUCAGAGCAAUGGGGCAAUGCCCGGCGGGUUACAAGGCCCCGGAGGAGGUGGAGGUGGGGAGGUGGACUUCAUAGACACUCUGGUGGGCAACAAUGAAGACUGGCUGAACAAUCUCACCAUGAUUGAUGAAUAUCUUGAGCAAAAUCAUAGGGACUGAUCAAGGGCUUCCUAGGUUUGAAAAUCACUACACACAGUGCCCACACGGGGGCGUCACUCUGUAAAGGUGCAUUCACACCAAGAACAAUAACUAUGAUGGCAACUAUAUGGCGUCCACACCAGAAGACAACAGAAUGUCCAUGUAAUUUGUAAGGUGAAUGCUGAAACAGAAAGAGUCCAUGGUACUGCACGUGUCAAACUUGUCCAUCCAGUUGAGUAUUCUUUGAAAGCUGUGCAGACACUGCUGUGUGUGGGACAGCAGGAUGGGGGAAAUGUGUGAUGCACAGGCUUGACAUUUAAAGGCAAUUUAUACUUCUGUGUCGAGUCCUUACAGUAGCUCACACUGUCGCAUGCCCUUUGUCAUACCCUAAUUCUGUGUUCACACCAGAUGCGGAAUGUGUGCAUAAAUCACGCUAUUUAAGCGUAAAAAGACGCAUGAACAUUUUGAGUUUAUUCGCUUCAUUCGCGCAUCAAACUCGCUUCACAACAGCGGAUUCGGCGUCAUGAUCGGGGAUUCUGUCUGCCUGUUAAAUUUAGCUUUGUUGUUAAAUGGCUAACAUGGAUUUUAUUGAGAGAGUAGCUGUGCUUUAGGAAGGAUGAAAACAGCGUAGAUUUGUUUGGCGCCAUGUCUGAGUCCAUUAGAUCCAUUUAGAGGUGCACCCAGCACUGUGAGUUCAUAAACUUCUUUAGAAACUAUACCUGGAUGAUGGAGCUUUCAACAGUGCUUCCGACAAAGCCGAGCCCAGUUUAAUUGAGCUGUUGUCCGGUGUCGGCAAAAGGAUUUUCCCUCAGGACACCAACAACAGACACUACGUCAUAAUCACGGCCCUACAAAAGAAAGCUUUUGAUUGUUUAACGCGGCGCGAAUGUCCGCUGAAGUUCAAAUUUUACAACUUGAGCGAUUGAUCUGUAAUGUGCAAUACACAUAUUAAGCACAACAAACAAACAAAAUGCUCAACUUGUGCCAUUUCAUUCACGCGAAACUGCUGCAGAAUGUCUGUUCACGUUUUUGCAUUGACUUAACAUGUAAAUCACUCGCGCUUGACGCUUCAUCUGCAUCUGGUGUGAACGCAGCAUAAAGGCUCGUACACGCUGGGAUGUUUUUCAUUUGCGUUUAUCUUCAGCGUUUUAUGAGACGUUUUUCCGGAUUCAAACCCAAGCGAUUUUCACUGGCGUCAAGCAGAAGAGUAUGCAAAAUCACUCCUUGACGUUAAAUGGCGCUAAACAACUUUAAGCUUCUGACACCCCACUUAUAACACAGAAGAAGAGGAAGAGAGGAAGUUCACAUGCUUGUUGUUAAAGUUACUGGUGAUACGAACAAGCACGGAUGGUUCAAGUAGCAAGUAGCGAUGAAAAAAUAAUUAUUGUUCACCAGUGCAAUAAGCAGCUCCACGUUCAUUUCGCCUCUGGGCUUCUUCUUCAAUGUGCGCUCGCAUUCACAGUUUUAUACUUGAGCGUCUCCGAGUGCCGUUUACCGUAACUUCAGCAGCUCCGUGUACGUGAACAAAAGUGCCAACCUGAUUGGAGGAGAAGGUUUUGACACGGCAAGUUAAAACAAAAACAAAAAAUGAGCAUGAGGCAUUUCUUUAAAAAUUAGGCUUUUACGCCUUGCGUUUUGUGCGUAGGUGUGCACGAUCACAUUGGGGCCUUUUAUUUAGACAGGAGGCGCUAAACGUCGACGGAAAACGUGAGCAAAAAGCAUCCCGGUGUGCACAGGCCUUAAGGCAGACCCUGAUAUGCAUCUCUCAAAAAAUUGUUACUACACGUCACAAUGAUGCAGAGCGUGAUUUGUGAUUGGCCAUCUUGGUAGUGCUGACAAGUGUGGGCGGAGCUAAGAGCCAUGAUAGCAAAAGGAGGCUAGUUGCACGAGUACUUAACAAGCGACUUUUUGCAUUUAUUUUGUGACUAAAAUGUGAGUUUGAGCUACAGUAGCAUUGCAUUAAUUUCCAGUAUGGAAUCUCCACUGCAUACUAGUGUUUUGGAAGUGCUAUUGCAGAGCAACAUGGACAGAAUGCAGAAGUAUAAAUGCACACUACUGCUGCUUACAAGGUAUGGGGCGUGGGGUAGAGUCAUCACUCUGCGCAGAAGUAUAAAUGUUCAAUGGUUUUAACGUAAAACAAAACAAAUUAAAUGGUUUGAUUUAGAAGACUUAUUCCCACUAUGUUGUGCAUUACACUUUCUCCCAUUCAUAUUACAAUGAAUGUACCGUCAAGGUGCAAGCUGUUUAACCUUCAGAGGAUUCUGAUCGGCAGGAUUGUAAGAAUGUUACCAAUCACAUUACAUUCCCACAUCACAGUAUAUACUUCAGGAUGCUUAUAAAGUUUAUAGUUAUCAUCAUAGUUAUGGUGUUUGGUGUGAACAGGUCUUAAAGUCCCCCAAGUGUUCUGGUCAUGGUUAGCAUUACUGAUAAUGUGUUGGUGGAAAUGAUGCACUGCUAAGCCUCACGAAAUGCCAUCAUUAAACAGGCUAAUGUUAUAAGAUGCCCUUUUCUUUUCUCAAUUGUUGCUCUUCAAGUGCUCUUUGCGCUACAAACAGAUGAUAUUGUGGUCAUCAUUAAAUUAAAAUGGAGUAAAACACUGAUUUUGGAAAGAAUGGGCUUUCCCUGGCAGUGUAAACAAGUUCUCAGUCGAUUAAAGAUAUAUUUCACACGACAAAAACAAACAUUCUGUCAUUGUUUACUUGCCUUUAUGUCCUCUUGGCUGAAACACAUUUUGAAGAGCUGUGUUUAACCAUGAAUUUAAUGUUAAUGGAGUCUGACAAUAUUGAUUUUAGGUGAGUAAAUGAUGACAGAAUUGUAAUUUAUUUUUGGGUAAGCUAUUCUCUGAAUGCAAAAGAUCACAGUAUUGUUGGCAGGCUCGUUCCAGACCAGGCAAACAUCUGCAACGUCUCAUUCCUGCUAUUUGAAAAGCAUCUCAGAUCAUUUCCGUGAUGGACUGUUUGAGGGUAUUUCAAAAGGGGGUCUCGCCCUGUACAUAAAGUAUUUUGUAAAAUAUGGUUUCUUAAAGUGUAACAUACAAAAAAAAAAAGAGAAGUACACAUAUUUAUGCUUCUUUUCUGCUGACGGAUUUCUUUGUAAAUACUUACCAAAAGAGUAAAUAAAACAAGAAUUCAAUGAUGUAAAGAAAUGUGUGUCACGUUGAAAUUGCGAAUGAAAUAUUUUACACUAGGAAACUCUAUUGUAAUUUGUAUUAUGCAAGACAGUAUGGUUAGUCGUGAAGUAAUACUAUGUAUUACAAAGGAGAAAAAACGUUAUGUUUUUGACAUAACUGGACUUCUGGUACUCCAGUCUGGCUUAAGAGGGGUUUUGUUUGGUCUUUUUAAAUUGUAACGUUUGGAGUAUAACGAUUCUCAACAUUUCAUUCAGACAUUAGAGCUUCUCUAUCUUGUGUCAUAUUGCCAUAGCAUAAUACAUUUUACAUUAGACACCAGUGUCCAUGUAAUAAUGAUCUGUUCCCUCUUACAAAAUGAGGAGAUCUUAAAGAUCUUGAUGUUUUCUGGACCAAGGACACUUUUCAGCAAUUCUGGGAAUGUUUUUUGUAAGUGCACACCAGCUACACUGAAACAGCAGCCUCGAUGUAGCAGAGGGAUGAAAGUAUAUGAUCACACCACCUAUAAUGUAAUACAAGAGCAACACCUGUCACAGCAAGUGCAGAAAAAACCCACAGUCCUUUGUGCCAGAGUCUUGGGUUUCCAGUAGUUCAUGACCAUGUAGUUGAUGCCAUGAACUUUAAGACAUUCUGAUUCGUGAUUAAUUGUGAUUUAUUAUAUUUUGUCUUCAUAUUUUUAGAUUGGGAAAUAAACUGUAUAAAAUCGAAAAA